AUGCAUCGCCAACAAUGGCCGGCACGCACGCCUGUCCAGGCUCAGGUCCACCCUCAGAACCGCGACCUGGUUGCUUCCUUGAUUCCGUCACACGUCCGCCACAGUACCGAGCUUCCACGUGGCAGUAAACCCCCGGACGCCGCUACCGUCUCUUCGUCCACAUUGACCGUGGCCUCGGCUCCAGGAGAGCCGAAUCCCAUUUUCGACUGCUACAGCCAGGAUUCUACCACGGACGGUGGAUUCUCGACACCGGCUUCCGGUCCGUCAGUCGGCAUCAUUAACCCAUUUGACCUCUCUGCCGCCACACCCUCCGAGCCUCGCCAUGUCCUCGUCCGCGUGGAUGGCGACGCCGGAGCGUACCUCGGCAACGUUGUGGGCCGGCCAACCCCUCUGGAUUCCAACCUCCCGGUCGAGAUGGACGGCUCACGAUCGGUCACCAACGGAGACCAGAUCCAAACCGGCUGGAGCGUUGACUAUUACGGCUUGUCCCGUACCCCAAGAGAGCAUGGGAACGGUAUCGGAUGGCGCUUCCAGGAAUCCGAGGCCGCGGCAGAGGCUCAGGGAAAUUUUGGGUGGCCGCGAAAGUACGUAUGCUCCAUGUGCUCACUGCACUGGAAGGCCAUGCCUUUACCCGGCAAGGUCAUUCGAGGAGAUGUCAGCCAGAGGGACAGGAUCGAUCUUAGAAUCCCGAACCCGUCAGAUGCCCGGAGGGAUCCGGGCUUCUCCCGGCCGGGGUGCUCAGAGCCCAACCCGCAGCUGCACUACUAUCUCGAUCAUGAAGGACCUGGCAAUGAGCCGUGCGUCCGGGGCCUAUGUCAAACCUGCCGCCCCGUCUCUUUCUUUCCGGACUCGCAACCAACGACUCACUGUUGCCCGCCGCCGCCUGCCGAGCCGGGCUACCUCAAGGAGAUAUAUCGGUGCAUCAUGGACAACUGCUCGUUCUUGACAGACACACGGCGAGAGAUGAAGGCCCAUCUUCAUUCUCCGAGAAAGAAUGGCCACAAAUCGUAUCUGACAGGACUGGCUGGCCGCAUUGAGCACGGCCAGUCCCUGAGCGCCAUUGACAAGGAGGUUUCUUCGCGCCUGAUGCUUAUGUUCAACGACAGAGACGCUCGCGGACAGAAGUCCAUCUCUCAACCCAUCAACACGGUCCUGGGCCCAGAAGACGUCAGUAGUCCUGCCAUCCUGCGAGAGCACACCCAGUGGAUGUCGUACCUCGGCCUGCACACCCCCGAAUUACACCGACGGGACUUCUUCGACCCGAGGACUAACCAAUGGUACUACCGUGAGUACAAUCUCGACGACGACUUCGAGGACGCAUGCGAGAACAUGCGGGUUAUAUCCCAUGCUACAGGGCGCCCGGUUAAAGCCUCCGACUUUCUCUGGCGCUGA